AUGGGGGUUCUGAGGCCCUGGGCCCGAUAUGGGCUCCUGGUUAUGGGCCACCUGAUGGCCCUGGGGCUUGGGGCCGCUGUGUUCCAGGCCCUGGAGGGGCCUCCAGCACGCCAGCUCCAGGCCAAGCUCAGAGCGGAGCUGGCCACCUUCCAGGCAGACUACGGGGCCUGCCUGCCACCCGGGGAACUGGAGGGGCUACUGCGCUUGACCCUGGCGGCCCAGGCCCAUGGGGUCUCCAGCCUGGGCAAUGGCUCGGAAGCCGGGAACUGGGACCUGCCCUCAGCCCUGCUCUUCACUGCCGGCAUCCUCACCACCACGGGUUAUGGCAACACGGCCCCACUAUCGUUGGCUGGCAAAGUCUUCUGUGUGGUCUAUGCGACCCUGGGGCUGCCAGCCUCUCUAGCCCUUGUGACUGUGCUACGUCACCACUUGCUGCCAGUGCUCAGCCGCCCGUGGACCUGGGCAGCAGCCCACUGGCAGUUGGCACCAGCCCGGGUUGCACUGCUGCAGGCCACUGGACUGGGCCUGCUGGUAGGUGGCGUCUUCAUGCUGCUCCCAGCACUGGUGCUGUGGCAGCUACAGGGCGAGGGCAGCCUGCUGGGGGCAAUCUACUUCUGUUUCGACUGGCUCAGCACUGUUGGCUUUGGGGACCUGCUGCCUGGCCACGGCCGAGGCCUGCAUCCAGCGAUCUACCAUCUCGGCCAACUGGCUCUUCUUGGUUAUAUGCUCCUUGGGCUCCUAGCCAUGCUGUUGGCCGUGGAGACCUUCGUGGACCUGCCACAGGUCCGUGCCCUCGUGAAGUUCUUCGAGUCCAGUGGCCCUUCGAAGGCUGAGGACCAAGGUGGCAUAGUAGGGCAGGAUGAACUGGCUCUGAGCACCGUGCCACCCGCCGUCCCCACCCCAGAGCAAGCUCAGGCUUGCUGA